GGCAGACUUGUUAAAAACAAGGAUGGCGUUAAAUAUUAUUCAUGAGUCCUGCUGAUCUGUUUUAGGCGCUUUUUUCUUUCACUUGCGAUUUAAGUGAAGCAGGAAUAUUUCGAUUUUCGUAUUUCACCGGAAAUGUCAGGAAAAAAUUUGUGAAAGGGUCGAUAUGACCUGAUUAAUGGUUCGCGAAUUGAAAAGUUUCUUUUGAAAAGAACUUGCCAUUUUCGAAAUGCCUGCCUUGGUGGCUUUUAAUCGCCGAUGGCGUAUUGGCAGCGAUGACUUGUUUUUCCCAGCAGCGGUAGGAGUUAUAGUUAGACUAGUUUGGUGAGUAAUUAUGUUGGUGUAUGUAGUAAAAAUGAUGUGCACAAUUUGGACUCAAACUAUCUCUAAUCAUGGCCAGUCACAGAACAUACCUCCUAAGAGAUUUCUUUAAUGAAAUUUGCAGAAUUUAGGAGCUCAUUAUCUGUUCCAAUACCAUGAGGUCAUUAUGAAAGACAUUUGAUGUUUGUUUCAAGGUGUAUUUUCCUUUAGUAGGUGUGUGUGGGUGAGGGAGAAAGAACUGGGAAUAAUGGUUGAUCUGAGAAUUGAAGAGUGUCAUACAUGUAACUUAAGUUCCAAAAGGUUAAACAUCCAUAGCUGGGGAAUUUUGAAGAGCUACUCCCACAAAAAACCUGUUGAUGGACUGUUGGCUGACAUAUAACCAACAAGCCUCUAAGUGACAAUAUACAUGUACCUGAGAAGUAAAGUCCAAAACAAACCUUUGACUGGCAUCAACAGGUUUUUCAGGAACUUGUUCUUCACAACUACCCCAGAGAUGUGGCUGGAGAAUAUCAAACUUUGAAAAAUAACUGUUUAAUUAUCAUUGUACACUGGCAUGUAUGAAUUUUUUUUCUUAUUUCAUUGGCCAGCAUACAUAUAUCUCACUAUUCGUCCAUUCUACCACCAUUGUAUUGAUAGUGGGUGCUUUUCUCCCUUUAACAGACUAUCUUAAGGCUAAAGAAUUAAUUUCACUGAUUUUGAUCACAGAUGUAUACUAUUUAGUUUGUUGAAUAUAGAAAUAAUCAAGGAUUUGCCAACCCUUUAACUCCCAAAAGUGAUCAACAUGUUGCCUCUCUCUAUGAUAUCCAUUCAUUAUCUAGAAAACAGGUAAUGAGAAUAUUCAAACUUAUCAGGUAGAAGUUAUCUUGAUCUAACAUCAAACUCUCAUAACUAAUUUACAAGGAAAUGUGGAGCAGUUAGAGGGGAGAAUUUACAAUCAAAUCUCGGGAGUUAAAGGGUUAAGAAACGCAAAGUAUUGCUUAAUAUCACACAAAUUGCUCUUUAAGACUUCUUGUUUUUUUAAGGAUACUGCAUUAUGCACUGAUAACUGACUCAUUUUAUCCACAACAUUUAGGUUGGCUGUAAUAUCUAUGACGUACAGCUUUGAGAAUGAUGAGAUUAAAAAGUGUGAUGCUCGGCUUGAACUGCGGUUAUUUUUUAUUGGAGUAAUUGUUCUAACCAGCCUGGUGAUUAUCAAUGAAAUUGCCAUCAUAUACAUCAGUAUACAGGGAACUGUGAUGAACUCCAGACCACGGCAGUUAAUGCCAGUAUUACUUUAUAUCCAACUUGGACUUUAUCUGCCAGAGCUGCUGUGGACAAUUCUUGGGACCUACUGGGCAGUAAAGAAUGGCUCUAGUUGUCAGCCAAGCUUGGUUAUUGCUGUGUGUGUUUCAGUGACUCUAGAAUGGCUGAUCUUACUUGUUGUUUUUAUUGGUGUUUUGGUGUUGUUUGAUCCACUGGGAACAAUUCACAAGGAUCCAUUUGGAAGGGAGUUUUCACCUGUCAUGCAAGAAUCAACAAAAGAGGUUUGAAAUCAAUAUCUGUUAAAAAUUCAGUUUUUCCUACAUCUAAGAAGUUUGGAAAGACACAAAACUCUUGAACAAACAUUUAUCUCUCAAAUAGGCUCUAUAAAUCCCUAUGGUAUCAACUAAAGCUUUUCAUUCAGCUAAUUUAUUACUGACUGUUUUUCAUGUUACCAUGUUCCCAUUAAUAGUGUAGUGUCAUCUUUCUGUUUAUAAACCACACAAAACCCACAAUUCUUUCGCUCUCUCUAACAUACAGCUGCACCAGAAAGUCAGUUUUAGAAACUCCCUAUGUUGACAAAUUUACUCUAUCAACUCUGUUGUUGUGCAAGGCCAUGGGUUCAGGUCCUAGACUGGAAUAAUGGUUCUUAAUUACUAAAUGGAAAGAAUUUGUUGCCCUCACAAUGAAAUGUGAAGCUGCUUUAGAUGUCAUGGUCUGAUAUAAUAGGGAAAAUAUGCUGGGGUCUGUAUCUUAACUAUUACAGUUUGCAGGAGACAUUAAUUAAAAUAACACAAACACAAAGCUCUUGGUACCGGUGGUAUGGUGGAGUCUUUUUCUAUGACUCAGCAAAUUUAUAUCUUGUGCAUCUAACAAAUAAACAAAUGAACAAAAAAGAUAAAUGAAUAAAGGAAGUGAGUUUCCAGAGAAACUGUGGUGCUGCAUUGGUGGAAGAGUAUAGCAGUGUACAUGUAAUUUAGUAUUAUCAACUCAGUCGAUAACAUAAAGCCCUUUGUCAUUUGCUUGAAACAUCAGCUUUAAACUCUAUACAGUGGCCAAUUUACAUUAUCAACCCAGUUGAUAAGUUAGACUAAAUUAAGCUGAAAAAAAAGAUGAUACAUUUAUCUUUAGACAACACUUUUCUCUCUAAUUUUUUGAUUUUCAAAUCCCCAAUAUCAGCUUUGGGAGAAGAGAUGUCGUUGGUUGUGUUGCUUCUUUACUGGCAGAGAUGAUCAGUACCUCAGUGCAGUGUCAGACAUUGCAGAUAUUUUAGCCUCUGGAUUGCAUGGGGUGGACAUUGUUGCUUCUGAUGUUGCUGUUGGGCUCAUUCUUCUUCAAGAAGAACAAGAUCGUGAGCAGAUGGAAAGAAAGAUGAAGGGAGAAGUAAGAGAUCUAUAGAAUAAAUUCUAGCUUCUGUAGCUGCAACUAGGCCUUUUACAAACAACUGCUUACAUACAGGAUACAUUGUAAAGAAUUAAUCGUGGACAUACUGAACCGUUACUGUUGAAAUUGCAGAUGUUUGUUUGUUUCAGUGACUUAAUUAGAAGCCGUUUGGAAACAUUUGGGAUUUUUGUAUACCUGACUUGAUGUACAAUGAGCCCAUCACCAUCCCACAUCUGAAAAUGCAUCUAAUCAAAGCACAGUGUUUGUAAUUUGAUUGGUUACUUCCAAACAGUGUUGUUUCAUCAGUUUUAAGUAGGAAACUUUGAGAUAGCAUCAGUUUUUGCAAAAUUUUGUAAUACACUAAUGUUUACAAUCUAGAUGUCAAAAAAAAAGUGUAAACUGACAACCUAUUUCUAAUUGCACUUGUAUUUCAUCAUUUUUAGAAUCUUCAGAAAGGGACUCCUGUAAAUCUUAGUGAUCCUGUGAGUAAUAAUUAUUAAAGACUACAUUAGAGCAUAAUGUAGAAAUACUGUAAUUGACAUGGGCUACAAUGUGAUACUGUUUGGCUAAGGAUCUAGAGAUCUUGAAUUCAAACAAAUAGGAUCAAUUUGGGGUAAUUCUUUUUGAACAGAUACCAGUACUGUAUUGAAAUCAUUUUGAAAGGUUUGUUAUGUUAUUUUGUAAUGUGUUGUAUGUUUAAAUGAUUUUAAAGAAAAUGUGGUGACAGAUAGGUCUGUAAUGAUGCCACGUGAAGGCUUUGUUCAAUCUGAUUGUAGUUGGAAAUAUUUGAGAAAGAAGGAAAAGGGUAUUGCUUGAACAAAAAUUCACCAUGUGAAUAGCUGGGGGAAAAGAUUUUCACCUUAAGGGGCAUAGCCAGCUUAUCGUCCUGUAGGCCCUGGGCAUAUAAUCUUUUCCGUCACUUGACUUUUAUAAAUAAUUACUGCAAAAUUUACAAAAAAAAUUGAACUUUCUAAGAGUACAGGCCUACAACAAGACAUGAGGCUGGCUAUGCCCCUGACCUCCAUCUAUGAAUGAGGAUAACAACAAUACCAACCUAAGCCUUAGCUUUCCAUCUCUGUCACUACAUUCUCUAAAAAUGCCUACGUAAUUUUGUACAACCAUUAUAAGUGUAAAAACGUUGAAGGUUGGAUAUUUCCAUCACAUUUUCUUUUAGAAAGAGAAAUCCCUGGUACAGGAUGCCACUCAUUUCAUGCAGUUUGCCCUUGGUUCCUAUGGUUGGCCUCUGUACGUGUUUAUGAAUCCCUGUGUUGGGCCUGGUAACCUUUGUAGUGGAAUAAGGUAAUUGAAAUAAACUACAGCUGUGGCCAUUAAGAGACGAUACCCAUUAACAGACAACCCUUUAAAAACGCCCCGUCUCGACUCCCCUGGAAACUCUAUUGACCUUAAGCCUUUAUCCCCUAAAAGUGACUAGCAUCUAAUUUCUCCUUACAGUAUCAACCCUAAAUCAAACAUUAAGGUCAUGAGAAUAACGGAAAUGAUCAACAAGUACACGAGUUCUUGAUUGUUAAGCAAAAUCUCUUUGUCAACACCUCAAGAAAUGUAUAGAAAACAGUAUGGAGAAUAUGCAUACUGAUCUUGGUGUGUAAAGGGUUAAAUUAGGCAUUAUAUCGAGAAGUGAGUCAGAGCGUAAAGUAUAAACCUUUUUGACACUGCCGAGAAAAUCAUUUGAAAGGGUUUUUCGUUAUGAUGCUAUUGAGGAGCGUCAAUUGGAACAUUUUUUUUUUAAUUUUUUGGACACCUUUAUUCUACUGGUUUACCUUGGUUUAUAGUUCAGGCCCCGGUUGUUCAAAGGAUGGAUAACUUCUUAUUUAUCCAGCGGAUAAAUUUUACCCAUGGCGUCAUAUCGGUUGUUCAAAGUAUGGAUAGCGCUAUCUACUUGCUAUCCAGUGGAUAAAUUCAUCCACCCUUUGAACAAUCGGGGCUAGAUGAUUUAAAUUGUCUCUUAAAUACAAAGUUUUAUCCUUUUCGGACAGUUCUCCAUUCUUUCCACUUUCCAUGUAAUGUACUCAAUUUUUCAGCUCAGAGUUCAAAGGAGAGAGAGCUUGUUUGGAAGCAGUGCGCUAAUCUCGUUGUUUCUAAAUUUAGCCCCAACCCCUGACAUUGUCGAACGACGUCAUAUUAAUAUGAUACCAUUUCCUUUCAGUUUUUCGAUUUUUAGUUGUCACUAUUGAAAAAAAUUUUCUAUUACGAUUUUACCACAAGAAAAUUAAAUUUUCGCUGGCGUAGUCUUCCUUCCCUAACCCCAGUGCACGAGCUUGUAGUGUUAGCAGUACCGAAUAUUGAUGCAUUGAUGAAGUGUGAUUGUAGACUACGAGAAGUCCUUUCUUUACGGCGAAGUGCUUCGCGCGAGUGAAAAAAAAACAUUUUUGUGAAAAAAAAAAAAACAUUGUUUGUAGCGCCCCAUGCGGAACUCUGUGAGUGAGGCCUAAUUCACUCUGAGUGUUCCACGAGGCGCAAUUUCGACUUAUACGACGUACGUUAACGGAAAGGGGGGAAUGCACAUAAUCUUGGUUGACAGAUGACAGCGAAAAUUUAACUUUUCAAAAAAGAAUAGCUCUGAACGAGAAAUCUUUCCAAAAAUGUCUUCAUCUGUUUUAUUGCACAGGUGUUUUGGGGGUUGCCGUCCAGAGGGAGAGCACAUUUUUGAAGACAACUGCUGUUAUUGUAACUCUGCUGGGCUAAAACUUCAAGCUCAUUUAGAGGAUGUCGAUUUGGUAUAUUGUUCUUACCACAACAAGGUGAAAUAUUGGUGUUACUUUGACGGAUAAAGCCGUUGUUUUGGUUUUCAUUCAGUUUACCGUAUUUCUGACCCGUUUAUGUCCUUCGACUGAAUGUCGUUAAAACAAAACCCAAACCAAAGUGAUGAUAAAAUGACAGCACUCAAUCAGAGGAAGGGUAAAUAUUACACGGAGCCAUGAGAACUCACAGUGCUCAGGGCGCGGGAAAACGCGGGUGACUAAGGCGCGGGAAAACACGAGUGACCAAGGUCUAGUUUUGAGUCUGAUUGAUUAAGAAAGUGGGAGUUUUCUCCUUUUGGUGACUGAACACCACGUACAAUUUAUAAUAAAGACGAGGCAAUAGGGAAUCAAAAAUUUACCCGCUAUCGUGGACGGGUUGAGAAACUUGUAAAGAGAUGUUUUAGGUCACAAGCUUGCUUGUGGAAUUCUGUGAGCAUGCCAACAAGGCGAAUAAUAAUAUCAUUUUGCCGAAGUAACGUGACCUUAGUGUUAUUAGGCCCGUAAAGAUUAGCUUCAAUUUUGUUUUAAACGAGUAACGCAAGGUGAUUACAAUACUCCUUUGGUAUUCCUUGGCAUUCACCUUGAAAACACCGGCGUUUCUGUACAAUUUUUCACAAGUUAACUGUAAAAGAAACAUGAAGACUACUAUUUUUUGUUACCUAUUUGUUUGUAAAGGUUUAAAACAAACAUACAAACAAGACAAGGGGAGAGAGAAAAUCCUUUUUUUUUAAUUUUUUCUUGAAAGUGCAUAGUGUUUACUGAGUCCUUUUACGUUUCCUGCCUCUAGUUUUUGUUGUUUGUUUGACUCUGGUGUGCAAAUUGAAACUAUGGCGAUGCCGAGUUCUUUUCCAACAGUAAUACAUCAAACUCAUGCCAUAUGCUAUUAUAUUUGAGGUGACUCCGCUGUUAGGUUUAGUGGAAAUAGUUUUAGAAUAAGUCCACUCUUCACAGGAUUGCGUCCAGUUUUAGAGUUUUAGCCUGUUUUUGUUUGAACAGUUUCUUUUCCUUCAAAUGCAUACAUGCACAAACGUGCAGUUACUUUGGCUCUCUUUGAGGUUCUUGCGAUUCCUCGUCGACUAUGCCGACGUUGUUUGUUUCUGGUCGCUCGGAGUCGUUACAACUUUUUUUGUUGCCUUCAGAGUUCUUCAAGUUACUUCGGACACGUCCUUGUUUGCUGGAAUUAGCAGCCUUCGCUUUGUCAAGCGCUAGCUCCCCGACCGUCAUAGAAGUUUUCCUAAAAUAAGCAUUUUUUACAAGUACACGACGCUGUUCCCUGGAGAAUUUCUCCUCGGUUCCUUUUGGUUUUGAACGCCUUUUGGUGCACACGGCAUUUAUGAAAGGAUCUCUGUCGCGAAAAACCAAUAUCUUGUGUAAAUCGACGAGAAUCUCGUCUGCCUUUGGGACGAUGUAGUCAUUAGUUCCUUUAUCUGCCGAUUUGAAAACUGCACUUUGUUUGUGAUUAUGACCUCCUUGCUUCGCUUGUCUCGCCACUGAAAUGUUCAAACUUUGCACUAUCGUUGUAGCGUCAUAAUACCGAUUUCCCUGCAGUUCUAAAGUUUCUCGAUGAUCUUUUGCUUGUUCAGUGUUUAAUUUCUGCGGUCUUCCGCGACGAAGCUUGCCUUCAUGGCGUUUCUCGCGCUCGUCAUUCCAUGUUCUCUUGGUUAACUUUAUGUGUGCGCAUAUAUUUUUGUUCUGACUCAUCACUGUCCCUUCUAUUCUUGUGAUCCGAUAGAUUUUACGGAAAUCUUUAUGAAAAUUAGUUUUAAGAUCCGAUUCUUGCUUUUACCUCUUGACUAAAAUGCUUCAUCCCCUUUCCAAUCAACGUUGUCAACAUUCCCACCAAGAUUUAUCCUUGUAUGUCAAAGUAUUGUCUUUCAGUUGUACUUUUUGUAGCGUUUGACAAUUGCUGGUAAUUGUGUGCCAAAAAUUCAUGCACUUAUUAAGUACGGUGGUAAUUAACUUGACAGUGGGCCAAAAAGCUUUUCAAAAGACUCGUUAAUAAGCGAUUUUUGAGCCAACGAGAGAGUUGAUUAGCAGUUGAGUGAGCGCAAUCGAUGAUAUUACUUUGCUUUUGUUUCAGAACACACUAUGCAAAUUUCCAGUGUUUCCCUCUUAUCCACAAGUUAGAAAGGCAUUAGCAAAAAUAAAUAGAAGUAGUCAUUUCAGUCGGUAUAUUGAUCUAAUUGACGUCGUAGGGAGAAGAAAGAAUAUCAAUACUGACUGUGAGGGAGAAGUGAAAAGCAGCCGCUUAUGCGAGUGGAACAAAAUAAAAACAACAGCAACUACAUUAAGGUCUUUGUACUGGAAAAAAAAACUUUCUGAAAGUUAAUUUAAGUAGUAUUAUGUUCGUGCUUAUCCUUGUUUCGAGUGAAAAGCAGCCGCUUAUGCGAGUGGAACAAAAUAAAAACAACAGCAACUGCAUUAAGGUCUUUGUACUGGAGAAAAAACUUUCUGAAAGUUAAUUUAAGUAGUAUUAUAUUCGUGCUUAUCCUUGUUUCGAGAGAAAAGCAGCCGCUUAUGCGAGUGGAACAAAAUAAAAACAACAGCAACUACAUUAAGGUCUUUGUACUGGAGAAAAAAACUUUCUGAAAGUUAAUUUAAGUAGUAUUAUGUUCGUGCUUAUCCUUGUUUCGAGUUUACGGGCGUUUUUUUUUUCGGAUUUUGAAACUUUUUGGCGUUUAUCACAGGCAAAUGUACAUAGAACGCUAUUAAAUGCCAAAGGUUAUCCCACAAUGGACUUUUGUCUCAGCUAGGGGUUGUUGGGAAGGAGGAGGGAAUAUUAGUGAUACCUCUAAGAGAUAGGUCACUAUUAUUUGUCACUUGUGGAGUAUCGGAGCAUUCCGGUCGUGUCAUAAUAAGACUUACCCGAUUCCCCUAAGGUUCUGUAGUAUCGUAAUUCCCUCCACCCCACCCCCUCAUUGGCGGUCUAUUUUCUAUAGUGCGCCUCCCCCCCUUAUUUCUAUAAUACUUGUUUAGAGAUGAGCUUUAAAUAAUCCUUGAAGAAAAUAGUGGAUAAUCUCCUGUUCACAGAAAUUGCAAAUAUUUUCUCCUAAGUGCGCAAAAGGCUAAAAAUAAUUUUGCCGUUUGUCAUAAAAGUUGAGCGUGGACCCUGUAAUAACUUGCUGAUUAAAGUUUUUUUUUUCUGCAGAUUUACGAACCUCCUUUUUAUGUGGCAGUGGAUCACGAUUGUCAGGCAGUGGUGGUCUCUAUUCGUGGAUCUCUCUCUAUGCAGGCUAGUUAUUUAUUCAACUUAAUUAUUUAUUACAAAUGAUUAAUGUGAUAGAUGGUGGAGGUUGUUGUGGCGGUUUAUCCGAUGACCAAUAAAUUAAGGCCGGUUAUUUCGAAACUUUAAAUCACUUUCCUACAUUUCGAGAAAACGCGUCACGUUAUGUUGACUUUGUAUUGCCCGUGGGCUUAGACAGCUGGCGUUGCUAAGCAACCCAUAGCCUGCCAGUGUCACAUCUCUUUCUACCGUAAAUCAAUCCCUGUUCCUUCCUCAACCCUUUACCCGCCUAACAUCAAUAUCCAUAUUCUCCGUACUGUUCUCUCUGCAUUCCCUAUAGUACUGAUAAGGAGAAUUUGUAUAAAAUCAAGAGCUUCUUUAGUUGGUGAUCAUUUCCUUUAUUCUCAUGACCUCAAUGUUUGUUUUAGGGGGAUACUAAUAGGGGAAAAUAGUAACCAAUCACUCUUAAGUGUUAAAGGGGUUAAAAUCGCCCCAGUACAAAACGUGCGGUGCACGGGGGUGCGAUGUCGUGUAAAUAUGUUUAUACGCAUUUUACUCCUGAGCAACUCGCGCUGGCUAACAGCGUAAUGACUACGACUGGGAACGGCUCAAGGGGUCGUUUCUCGAAGAUUUCGGUAACUUAACAGGCUCGUAAAGCUGUUUUGUUUUUCUUUAAGGUGGGAGUUUCAAAAGUUUUUAAAAAUUCUUUAAUAAAACUAUCAGUUGAAGUAACAAAAUAGAUUCUCUAAAGUGUCGGAACCCGCAUCUCUUAAAAUUUUGAUUUUAAAUCAUUUCUUCGGGCCGGUUAAGUUAUUGGGACUUUCGAGAAACGGGAUCAAGGUUCCUUUCCUCGCUAACUCUUUAAAUGCAGUGGGAGGCAAUAUGGCGGAGUACUGUGGACGCUGACUGCGUUCAUGAGCAAGCCCUUUGUGUUGUGUUCAACUCUGAAUCUGCCUUUCACAAACAACCAAAUGGUCUGCCUCCUCCUCCAUCCUGACCACAGUCAAGAGGUUAUCCUCCGUCCCUACGUGGGCAACACUAGGCAGCUUUUUAGGUCAGGCUGUGCCAUUUUUUAUGGUCGUUGGAGGUGAUUCUAAUCUUAACCUCAUAGCUACUUAUUAUAUGUAACACUUGUUGUUUCUCAUCAGGAUGCUUUGACUGACCUGACUGGGCAGCAAGAAGAACUUAGCAUUGAAGGAACUGAAAUUACUUGUUAUGCGCAUAAGGUAUACAAUCGCACUCUUUUCGAAUGUUCAUGCGUGAUUUUGCUUUGGGAAGUUUCUGAACGCGUAGCUCUUGUGACUUAGGUGUUACAAAAAAAGUGGGACUCAAGGAGGGGAAAUCGAGAUUCAGUCGUGUUAUUGUGAGCUGUAGCUGAUAGAGUAAAAUAAUUUGGAAUUAAUUCGACAGCCAGCGCAUGCAUUUUUUGCCAAAAUAAGUUUAUUAGCCCUUUUAACUCCCAAGAUCUGACUUUUUUUUCUCCCCUUUAGCUGUUACUCGUUUCCUGGUAAAUUAGUUAAGAGAAUUUGGCAUUAGAUCUGGAUAACAACCUCUACAUGAUAAGUUUGAGUAUUCUUAUUACUUUUUUGCUGGAUGACUUAUGGAUGUUAUAGGGAGAAGUUACAUGUUAAUCACUUUUGAGCGUUAAAGGGUUAAGGGAAUGGAUAUUAGAGAAUAAGAAAACGGCGAGGUUUAACACCAUUGAUUUUUCUUCAAAUGUUCAGAAAGGGGGCGAAAAGCUAUUCGGGCGUUCAGAAAAUUGCGCAGUUUUAGACCAUAGCGCAUUCUAUCCAAUAAUACUCCAGAGGCUCGUUAAGCCGGUGACACACCUGGCGAGUUUAUUCGCCGAUUGCGGCGACCUUGAUCGACCUAUGAAAAUCUUUGAUAUCUGGCAUGUCACGGGGAUCAGCGAAAAUCGCAAUCGCCGCAAUGGGCACACCUCGCCGAUCGCCGCUAUCCGCACAUAAAUUCGCCUGGUGUGUCGCCGGCUUCAAACGCAUGAAGUUUUUAUGUUAUAGAAUGGUGAAAGAAAGUUAACUAAUGCUGAUUUGCUUUAUUUACUUUUUCAUAGCAUGAAUCUUUCUCUUCGUGGUGUUAUUUGCCCCUUAAGUUUUCUUCGUUUGUUUUGACACACUCUUCAAUUUACUUCUCAGGGUAUUUUGCUUUGUGCACGCUAUGUCAAGUCAAAGCUAGAAAAGGAGGAACUACUUGAGCGUGCUUUCUCGAGAGCUGGCCAGGUAGUGUACACAAAGUAGGAGUGAACUCUUGUUAAAAUGAAACGAUUCUGCGCAAUGUAGCUGUUCUGUGAGAUUUAGUAUUCUAUAAUUUCAGAAUUUUAAACUGCUCUAGCUGACUUAUCAAACGCCAUCACCGUUUUUAGCGUAGGAUUUAGAAGUCUUGAAAUGCUCGCGAAAAGCUCUGUGUGUGAUUGUAAUUAUCAAUUGUACGCGUGUCAUUUAGCUUAUUUUACCUUGCCGCAAGAAUGCUGCUGCUAAUUUAAAGGGUUUGCAUUCAGAUUGAUUUCAAUAUUUUGAGCAAUAUUCAAACAAGUGUCGAAAGUAAUUAGGAUUGCCCAGGUUUUGCCUACAUCGCUCUUUGAUUGGUCCAGUAAACUCGUGUCACUUCCCUCACCAAUCAGAUACAAAACUUACACCAAUCGCGACUUGGUCACCCGCGUUUUCCCGCGCUUCAGGCAGUUGGCUUAUAACGACUUUGAUUUCUCAUUGGCUCCUUUAGAAAUUUUCUUUGCUCCUAUUGGCUGUUGUGAUAACCUUUUUCGGUUUUCACAACACUCGAUAGAAAUGCACCUAAAGAUAGAAUUUCUUCUCAUAGAAUUAUCGUCUCGUAAUCGUUGGUCAUUCUCUCGGUGCUGGAACUGCCUCGUUGUUGUCUGUUCUUCUCAAACCAACUUACCCAGAAUUGAUUUGUUUCGCUUACUCCAAUCCCAGCGUGCUCAGGUACGUAAUUCAUCUUGUAUUCUUGUUUGCGUUUGAAUUUGAGUUAAAAGCAGUGAAUGUGAGCUGGUUUUUAAAAUGGCGUUAUUCAUAGAUAAUUGCUCCCGUAUUUAAUUUUUGUUCAUAGUGCUCCAGCCACUCCAUUUUGUGAAGAUUUUAUCAUUUCCGUUGUUCUUGGAAAGGACGUCGUUCCUAGGUAAGCGCCUGUUUUCCUUCAGAGCUAAACAAAUUUUCAAAAGUUUUCUUGAAGUAAAGUGGUUUUGCUCAGUGGUAGAAUUUUUGCCUUGUUUUUGUUACAAAAUUUGCUCUUUUUUGCUCGCAUGAUAACGUCACCUUAUGUGCCAAUGCCGUAACUGAGCAAGAUUUUCGCUGCUUUCUUCAAAAUAAACGUACUCUCGCGUUUUCUAUUUUACAGUUUCUUCGCUCUCUCGCUUCUGUACCUCUACAGUAUGUAUUUAUCAGCUAAACUCUUCCCGCGCUUGCAAGUAAUUAGAUUUUUUUCCCCGCUUAUUUCAGUCAUUGGUAAGAUUAUUGAUUUAUGUUGCACAUUUCUUACGUAUUUUGGAUUGUUGUUAGUAUUGGGGUUAGGGGAGGGGUAGGAACGCAGUUGCCCAGAUACUGACAUUGUUCGCAUAUUUUUCACUCAAGUUAUGUUGGUUACGUAAAUUUUUUCUGGUUGAUGCUGUGAAAAUAUUAAUUGACGAAAAGUAAGUAUACUCACCUUCAUCUACUUUUAUCACGUAGAAUGGGAGUUAAAAGCGGGGAUGAGCUCCGUCAAGAUCUAGUGGCUGUUAUUUGUAAAUGCUCCCUCCCUAAGGUAUGCGGUAGAAUAAGGCACGUUCGAUAUAAUCAGUAGACGCGAGCCAGGAAAAUGGGUCGUUUACAUGAAGUUGAGUAACCUGGCAGUUGUAAACGGGGGCAUUAUGAUACACAGCCAUUAACGUGACUCAAAUGAACCAAUCAUAUGUCUGGGUUGUCGUCUACUACUUCUGGUUACUUGAAACGGGACUUUUGUUUUUUCCAAGUUCCAUCGCAUUUGAAAAACAUGUCUGGUAGGAUUGGGAACUUAUAUAAAGAUAGGAAGAGGCAAACGAAAGAAGAUAAAACAAAAUAGAAAUCUUUAAGGUUUAAUUUUUUUUACUAAUUUUUCCCGGAAAGUUUUCCAGUAAGCCUCCAAUUUAUGUUUUUGGUUCAAUUUUCAUGGUUCGGGCCCAAACAUUUUUGAUUAUCCUUCUUGUACAUAGUUUUUCAUCUCAUUUUAUUUAUUUAUACCUCUUCGCAGUACCGUGUUCUUAUGAACGGCUGUUGGCAGGCGCUGUGUUUCUUUCUGGGUCCCAGUCUCAGAGGUGGACAAGGUGAAGAUCGGCAUUUUUUUUCUCGCACUCGCCAGUACAGAUCAACUUCUAACCAUCAUUCGUGGGAAUCUAACUUGACCCAACCUCUUCUAGAAGGCUUGCAAGGUAUAAUAACAGCUCAAGCUAUUUCACCAUUUUUGACCUAUUUAAUGCACUUUGUCUAGCAUCUGCUAAUAAGUCAAAAGUCCAUAAACAAAAUGAUUCAACUUCACGACUUCGUCACCCAUUUUCCAUCGUCUUAACUGCCAUUUAACCACCAAGGGUCUUAAGUUUUUUCUUGAUCAAGUAUCAGCCCUACUUAUAUCCAACCAGUAAAUCUUUGCUCUUCGUUUGCUUACCAGACGAUACUUUAGUUCUGACCCCCGGAGAGCCGUCCACUGGAUGCUUUACUGAAGGCGAACUGGAAUCGGCCCCGACAUCAUCCUUGACACCAGUCUCCGCUGAACAGUUAUUCCCAGCCGGAAAGAUCUUACAGAUCGACGAGAGGCCGUCUGUCAGGUGAAAAUUGCAAUUUCCCAAUUUGACCGGGUUGUUUCUGUUUAUUGUUUUGCAACCCAGCUAAAAAGUGCACCUCCCCUCCCAACCUCAUUGAUAUCCUUAGACUUGUCCGCAGGUAACCCGAGAUUUUGAUUUCCGUCAUCUUUUCCUAUCCACUGAAAUCGGAGAAAAGACGCUUAGAAAGGGUUUUACUGGUUAAGUUUCCGGAAACAAAUUUGCAGAUAGGUAGAUCUCGUCUUGUUGAGCCCCAACUUUAUGAAUCGAACGAGGGCUCCUAGUUGAGCUUUAGACUGAGUCUUGAACAAGCUAUAUAACAUUAUAUAUAAAUCAGGAAAUUUAAUCGUUUUACUGGUUCUCUUUUUGAAAGGUUGGAAAGCCCGCAGUUUGACGUCAUGUGGGCAGACAAAGAGAACUACGUCAAGCUUGUCAUCCAUCCCAGCAUGCUGAGCGAUCACAUGCCUGAUCGUGUUAUGAAGGCACUAGGCGGGAUAUUGACACAAGAUACCAUCGUUCAAGAAGUUUAAUGGAAUGAGUGUUCAUUACUACUUUUAUGGGGAAUUACUGACAUCACAACUGUGUUUGGUGUUGUAAAAGAUUAGCAUAAUUGCUGAAUGUUCAAGUUUGUAUCGCGCUGUAAAGUUAAUAUCAAUUGAGGAGAUACUAUCAAGUGCUUGGCUUUGUAAUUUGUAAAGUUAGCUGGGAUGAGAAACAAAGCGAGUUAUCUUAUGAAUGUAAAAGGCAGAAUGAAGAUUCUCCUACUCGUGUCACUACCAUAUCUUACAAGAGGAGAUGUAGGCUAUGAGAUGCCACUCCUUUUUUGUGAAGUCCGUCGCGCAAUAAGACCUCUCUGAAAAGGAGGGACAGUUCUUGGUCUCGUUGUAGCGUUUUUUUUUAUUUAUGAAAAUAGACCUCUUCAGGAAAGCAAAUGUAUAUUAAGAAAGAGAGACUUCGUCUCAAUACAGGCUUUCUGCCGAGUAAUAUAUAUUUUAUAAGGUAAAAAUAAUUUCUAGAGUGGAACGGCCUCGCAAAUUAUAUGUCAAAAACAAGAAAGCUUACUUCUUUAACAAGAAGUGACGAUAUUUGACCCAGUCGUAGUAAAAUGAACUUUAGUCUUUCAAUAGUAUUAAGGUUCUGCGAAUUUGAAGAAAAUGUGUUACUAUUAUGGUGAUCAAUUUUGCGUCAUUUAAUGCAAUGAGGAAACUGGGUUACAAAAACUGAUAAGGGUGUCAUUGUCACUUCAACCAAUCACGAGCUAGGCUGCAACUCAACGCACGCGCGUUUCUCGCGCUUUUCAUUCGAAGAAUUGUUUCCCGCCCUGCCGUGUUCUACUCACGUUGAUGUGACUUGAGUCUUUUACAGUGGGUUUUGAUUGC